AUUGAUUAAAAAGUUGUAAAUACUAUUUAUUUAUAUCUAAAAAGAGCUUUUUUAAUUUGUGAUGAUUUAAUUAAUCUUCAAUUAAUUUAUUAAAAUUAUUGAAAAUUUGCUACUUCAAACAUAAUGAUUUAUAAAUCAAUCAUAAGCCGAGCAAAUACAAUUUUAGGAUUGAUUAACAGUACUAAAAGGUAGUAUUUUUCCUUUUCCUUCUAAAAUUUUAAUAAUAGGUAAGAUAUGUGAUUUUAAUUUAUGCUGGUAUGUAUAUAAUAAUUAACAAUAAUUGUUUUUUAGUAAAAAUAUAAUUUGAUUUUUUUUUAAAUCUUUUUACAGACAUUGCUUACUUGCUGUACAAUAUUCAAAGGAAAUGAAUUAUAAAAUUGGAGUCUUUGGUGGUGAUCUUGAUAGAUAUAAAGGAAUUACUGUUGAUUCUACAAAAGAGAAUUUCAACAAAGAUUUUGAUGUUAAAUUGGCAGAGUCAUUGAAGCUAUGGGCUACAGAAGGCAAGAGAUGUGUUUGGUUUAAAAUCAAUAUAAAACACACAACAUGCAUUCCUCUACUAGUUCAAAACGGUUUUAAUUUUCAUCAUGCCAGAGAUGACUUCGUGAUGAUGUUCAAGUGGUUGCCAAAAGAUUCAAAACCAAAUCUGCCUCCAGCUUGCCACACAACCUUAGGAGUGGGUGCUAUGGUCUUCAAUGAUAAGAACCAAGUCCUGGCUAUAUCAGAGAAGCACUAUGAAUAUCCUCACUGGAAACUCCCUGGUGGAUAUGUAGAGAGAGGUGAAGACAUUAUAGACGCUGCUGUGAGAGAAGUAAAGGAAGAGACGGGUGUAACUGCUGCCUUUCAAUCAUUGAUUACAUUUAGACAUUCUCACAAUAUGAUGUUUGGCAAUUCUGAUAUUUAUGUAUUACUAAUGAUGACAGCUAUCAGUGAUAAAAUAUCAAUAGCCCAAUCUGAAGUUAUAGCUUGUCAGUGGAUGAAUAUAGAUGAGUAUAUAAAUCAUCCUCAUGUUCACGCCUUAAAUAGACUUGUUAUAAAGUUAGCUCUUGAGUAUAAAAAUAGAAAUUUGAAACUUAAUCUCCGGAAAAAGAAAGUUAAAUGGGCUACAUAUGAAAGAGAUAUGAACUAUUUAUCAUUGGAGGAUUUUAGUUAACAUUAAAUUAAUGGAUUUUUUCAUGUACAUUGUCGAUAUUCUUAAUUAGUUUUGGGAGUCUGUUGGAAUAUUAUAAUUAAUAUUUUUUAUUGUGCAAUAUAUUUUAUUUUUAUUUUAUGUGUGUGCUUUCUUCAAAUAUACCUAUAUGGCAAACGUACAGUCA